AUGCUGGCAUGCCCGUGCCUAUCCCAUCUUCAGGGACUGGCGGGUCACAAUGGCUCCCACAAUAGAUACCCCAUCGCUACCAAUGGCCAUGCGGCCUCUACCAAUGGUCCGGCGCUACCUGAUGACGUCGUGUACCUCCGGCUUCGACGACGAUGCCCGCGUCUCCGCCAGGUUUAUGCCAACGGCCUUCAGUGCUUGAAAGGGCUUGUUGCCCCGACACCCUCCCGGCUUCGACAGUGUUGCCUCCCGCCUUCCCGCCCAAUGUCGGCGUCUACCGCCCAUUGCUACCGUACAGCACCACGCCACACACCACUACGUAUCAUCGUGAGGUCCCUUCAGAAUGCCGUCAAUGAGCUGCUCCAACCAAUGCCGGGUUCAUCCCGUUUCCAUAAUUAG